CGGAUCGUUUUGGUUUGCGUCUUCUUCCGGGUUUUCUUUGUUAGACGUCCCCGUUUGUGUUUUUUGCUCGGUGAGUGCAUAAAGAUAAUCUGGCGUUUUCGCACUGCACUUUUCCGACAUGUCGACCGCAAACCAGAUGCAAGCGUUUCAGUCCCGUUUAACUGAACGUCUCACCCGCUUCGCCAUGGAGAUAUAUCAAGAAGUGGCGCAUAUAGUGAAAACAUACCAAGAGGAGAACGAAUGUCUGCGGUCCUUACUGAAGAAUGUGAUAACUACCCGUGGGAAUAUUGCCGUAAUGGAUCACAAUCGAUUGGGGAGACCAGCUACGGCUGUGAGAGAGGAGCCACCUGAACUGGACAUUCCCUUGGAGACGGGAGCAGAGCCAUGUGCCAAAAGGCCUAAAAUGGAACAUACUAAACCACUGACUAAUGUGACUGAAGAGAAGGAAACGCAUGUUUUGCAGCCAUUUGCGAGUACAACUAAAGAAGAGCAAACAGAAAUACUACUGUCAUCUGCAGUGGAAGAAUCAGAGCCAUUGGCUCGUGCAUCUAUGGUGGAGCAAACAGUAGUGUCAGAGCCAUCUGCAAUUAAAGGAUCUUUGCCAUUGCCUGAUACACCUAUACAGCAUCAAAAAGAGGUGUCAGAGCUAUUAGCCAAUGAAUCUAAUCAGCAGCAAAUAGAAUAUAAUCAGAGCUUGGCAUUAGAACAAGAAAGCGGAACAGACAAUGGCGUCACACUGGAUUAUCCUGAAAGUCAUCCUAAAGAACCACACACAACCGCACGUCAGGCAAUGGCUUUUCGUGACGUCUAUUCAGCAAUGGAUUUUUCUCAGCCCAGCACUAGUGAGGAAAUGGCAAACCAAGACCUGCUACUUCAGGAGCGUCCAAGAGUUUCCCCCAAAAAGACACCAGAAUGCUGUCUCCAGAAGACCAUCCUCCACUUUCCAAGGAAGAGCCCCUACAAGUGUUCCAGUGUUCCUAUUUCACCACCUGAUUUUUUUUUGGCCAAACUUGCCAAAUGCUACAAGGACUGUCCUGAACAGAAACCUUUGAUUGCCAGAAUAACAGAUGAUGUUGAAUCAGUGGACACCGCUUUUAGUCAUGUUCCUCGGGGUUACCCCAUAUCCCGCCAGCAUCUUGUUCCAUCAAGAGUGGAUUUUACAUAUCACAUUAAUGCUCCUAAAUGGCCGCAGCUUCCCCUGACUCAUCACAGCCCAGAGAUUAACUGGGAGAUGUCUGACGAUCUGAAGCAGUUCAUACGGAAGAGCAAGCAGACCAAAAAGCGGAUGCAGGAGAUGCACCUGAGCAUCCACCCUGAUCAGACCUGUACAUUUAAACCAGAACCAAGUUACCCGCAGAAGCUGAUUUUCAAGGUGGUGAACAAAGUCUCAUGCAUAUCAGCUCAGGAAGAGGAGGAAAUGAUGCGUCAAGCACUUCAUCUGUACUGUCGCAAUGUUUGCGUCAAUUGGACCCCCUGUAAUUUGGUCCUUGAUGCAAAUUCUCCAUGGCUGGGGGCCCGGCCUCAUGGCUUGGUGUACGACCCAAUUGACGAUCCCAAUUUUGGACUGGUAUAUGUCAGCUGUUCCAGCCUUCAGAGUUUCAUAGACUGCCCCUUCUUGAGAUUCGAGAAAGGAGAAGCGUUCCUAAAAAACACAGACGAGCACUAUAUACACAUCCAGGGAGAGAUGUUGGUGACGGGCACAUCAUGGUGUGACCUGCUGUUGUUCGCCAAGGAAGACAUGCUGGUUCAGAGAAUAUACAGAGACAGAUGUACCAUUGAGAAAAUGAAGGGAACGUUGAAUGAGUAUUAUUUUUAUCAGUAUCUGCCAAGUAUUUCAACAUGAUGGCCCACUAUUUUAAAGUGACGGCAUACACAUGCACAGCAACUCCUUGCUGCAAUUGGAAGCGAGUUUUUAGAAACUUUCAUUGUCUAGUUUUCCUUCCUUACCCUGAAAAUGUUGAUGGAGAUGGAUCAUUCCUGGUGCCUUUUCCUCCCCAUGAAAACACUUUACCUGAAAUCUAAAUGUUCAUCUUAAAUUUUAAACGUUUCUAAUAUUUACUAUUACCUUAAUUUCCGGCCGACAGAGCGCACCUGCUUAUAAGCUUCACUCAGUACAUUUGUAAAGGAAAUAGCAUUUGGUACAUACAUAAGCCGCACCUGUGUAAAAGCUGCAAGUGCCAACAUUGAAACCCAUAUUGAAAAAUGAGAUAUUUAUAAAGAAAGAGGGUACACAGAGUUUUAAUACCUUAGCUUAGCUUAACCUAGCAACAAUACGGUAGCACAAACAGGGCUGGUAUUAAAAAAACAAAACAAAAAAAAAAACAGCUGCGGCAGCUACACGGUAGCGACACAGUAGCACAGCAAUAACAGGGCUAUUAAAAAUGAAACAUACCGGUAAACUUGACUGAGAUGCAGCAGCAACAAUAUAGCAUAGCAACACGGUAGCACAGCACAAACAGGGCUGUUAAGAAAAAAUACCGUUAAAAGUCACUGAGAGCCGUCUUCAUCUUCCUCCUGUGCACUGAAACCCCGGAAGUCUUCCUCCUCCGUGUGGGAUUGGAAUAGGGUCAGAUCUUGUUCGCCACACACUGUGAGUCUCUCUUUCGUUGUUAGUGUCACUCUCAUCAAGAGGCAAAUCACUUCUGAGAUUGUGCUGUCCCCCUUCAAGCAACAGGCCGGCUUUUUGACACCCAUUAGUGAUGGUGGAUUUUUUUCACACCGCUUCCGUGCGGCCAGUUUUGGUAAAUGAUUUGUCCCCACUGGUGAUCGAAGCCUCCUAUUCAACUCGGAGGGCCACUUUAAAUGCACACUUAACACUGAUGUCAAGUGGCUGCAAAUACUUUGUUGUGCCCCCAAGAAUCACAGCUGGAAUUGAGUUUAUCCUCUUGAUGGCUGCUUUUACAGAACCCGUAAUGUUGGCCCUCAUGCUAUCCAAAACGAGCAAUGCUUUUUUGCUCCGAAAAAAUCCUCAUGGUCGCUUGCCAUCACACUCGGUCAACCAUUCUAUCAUUAGGCUGUCUACUAUCCACCCUUUCGUGUUAACUUUCACGACAAUGUCUUUCGGGAAGUUUUCUUUGGCAUAGUAAUCCGCUUAAAAAUUACCAUUGGUGGAAGCUUCAGUCCGGCUGCAGUGCAGCCUAAAACCCAGGUGAAGUGCGUCCUUUCAUGGCCAGUUGUUUUCAGUGUGACAGAUGCUUCAGCUUUCUUGUUGACGGUCCUGGUGGGAGCAGGUCAAACGUCAACGGUAUCUCAUCCAUAUUUAUGAUGUUGUCUGGUCUGAUAGAAUUCUCUGUUAUCUUUGUUCAAAUUAAUUGUUGAAAGUUUGCGACUUGUUCCUCGUAGUCGGACGGCACUUGUUGACACAGAGUUGUCCGUGUCCUGGUGGACAGACCUUUUUGCUUCAUAAUUCAAAGUCAACAUGACGGUCCUCCUUUGAAAUCAUUAAUUUUGUUUUCGGUGGCGAUUGUUUUUGCUUUCAGUCCCAUCUGCACAGUGGAAACACCUUGGCCAUCUGGUCUCUUGUGUAUUCAGCCGGUCUUUGAGAAUAUUCUCCAGUUUGGGCCACCUGGCUUUACAACCUCUAAAGGCUUUUUUCGUCUUUUGGCAUUCCUGCAAUUCUUCCCUCUGCCGUUUCUAGCGUCUCACCAUCGAUUCAUUUAUUCCUAGUUCACGAGCAGCAGGUCUGAUUCCUUGUUUAUCGCCGAGCUCGAUUGCUUUUAAUUUGAAAGCUUCGUUGUCGGAAUUUCUUCUUGUACUAUCCAUGAUGACAGUAUGUUUAAACUAUCCAUAAAGCGUGGAGUUGUAUAAAACUUGCGUCUUCCUCGACACACAUAUUCCACCCGUCUCACUUACCUUUUCUGCUCGAGCGCCCCUUGCAGCCGAAAAAAUCCAUAAAAUGGCCGCAUCAUCGCACAAGCUGCUGGGUUGAAAGCGUGUGAAAAAAGUAGCAGCUUGUAAGCUGGAAAUUACGGUAAAUACAGUGGUACCUCGGUUUUCGAACGUCUCUGUUUUUGUACAAAUAGGUCUUCGAACGAAGAUUUCGAAAAUUUUUUUGCUUUGGUUUUCGAACAAAAAUAGGUAUUCGAAAACCCCGAUCAGCUCACCCACGACGAUUUGUUAUUGUGCUUUCGAACCCACCCCCGAAAAAACCUGGAAACGACACACACACAACCGCGCACGAUGCAACCAGUUGACCCACACACUCCUCUGCAAGCAGUUGUGUCCGGUAGUGACUUUUUUUCUUCCAAUUAAGCAAUAUUAACCCCUGAUCAUGUCUCCAAAGAAGGCAAGUGGAACUGCUGGUGCUGAAAAAAGGAAAGUGGUGGGUAAAACUGUCGACUUCAAGAAGGAUUUGAUAGCCGAAUACGAAUGUGUGUGUGUUUCUGACCUAUCAAAGAAGUAUGGCAUGGCGAAAUCGACGAUCAGCACCAUUCUGAAACACAAGGAUGCCCUCAAAGCAAGGGAUGUUGCUAAGGGAGAAACCGUGUUGACCAAGCAGAGGCCACAGAUCUUAGAGGAAGUUGAAAAGUUGCUUCUUAUUUUCGUAAACGAGCAGCAGUUAGCUUGGGAUAGUGUUGGCGAGGAAGGGAGGAGAUGUCGUCUGAUGAGGCUGAAGGCAGUAAGGAUAUCUCAAGUGCCAAUAUAAAAGCUAUCUGCGCCAAAUGGAACGACAUCCAUAAUUUUGUAGAACUCCAUCACCCUAACAAUGCAGAAUGUCGCAGAGCACUGCAAAAUUUCAAUGACGUUGUUAUGAGCCACUUCAGGAAGGUCCUCAAAAGACGGCAGAAACAGUCUGCAUUAGAUUUUCUUUGUUAAAAAGGGACGAGUCACCCCCACCAAAGAUAUUUGAAACAGUUGUUAACCAUUCCUUUUUUUUUUGUUCCAUUAACCCUACCUCUAGUUGCAAGUUAAAUUUUUUGUACGUUACAUACUUUCUGUGCGAAUAAAAAACAAUUUGUCUGUUUCUUUUCUCCCUCAUUAUUGCUUGUUUAAAGUUAUUCUGCACUUUUCUUAGUAAAAAAAGAUUUACAAGGCUGGGGGCCGAGUCGCUACAGAAACGGCAAUGCACUCCCAGCAUAGCAUACAUUUUAAGCAAAAAAAUAAAUAAAAUAAAGAUAAAUAUAUUUCUUAAAUGAUUUAAUUCUAUAAAGUAUUUAAACUAUACAUGUAUUUCUACGAUGCAGUUUAUUAUCAAGAAAAUCUAAAAAAAUGCUUUAAAAGUAUUUUUUGGGCUUGGAACGCAUUAUUUAAUUUUCCAUCCAUUGUAAUGGGAAAACACGCUUCGGUUUUUGAACAUUUCGUUUUUCAACCGGCCUUCUGGGACGGAUUGUGUUCGAGAACCGAGGCACCACUGUACUCUGGUU